CCCCUGCAGCCGCCAGUGGGACAGACCCGGGCUGUGUCGUCACGGGGAUCCGCCCUGGCCUAUAAACUACAGACGCUGCCGAAUCAAAGCACUUAUAAUCCCGCAACAGCAAAGACGUGUCCCCGUUGAAAACCGGCCUUUAUCGUAUUCGUCAAUAAGGAAGCAUGGCAGCGUACCACGCCGAGUUUGAGCGCGCGGGCCAGAAGCCGGGGCUCCAGGUGUGGAGGAUCGAGAAGUUCGACCUGGUGCCGGUCCCGGAGAACCUGUACGGGGGCUUCUACACCGGGGACGCCUACCUCGUCCUCAACACCAUCAAGCAGCGCUCGGGGAAGCUGCAGUACGACCUCCACUUCUGGCUGGGGGACUUCUGCACCCAGGAUGAGAGUGGCUCAGCGGCCAUCUUCACCGUCCAGAUGGACGACCACCUGGGGGGACAGCCCAUCCAGUACCGCGAGGUCCAGGGCCACGAGUCCAAGGCCUUCCUGGGCUACUUCAAGACCGGCAUCAAGUACAUGAUUGGGGGCGUGGCCUCUGGUUUCAAGCACGUUGUCACCAACGAGGUCAUUAUGCAACGGGUGCUGCAGGUCAAGGGUCGUCGCGUCGUCAGGGCGACAGAGGUGCCAGUGAGCUGGGACAGCUUCAACCAGGGAGACUGCUUCAUCCUGGACCUGGGAGCUGAGAUCUACCAGUGGUGUGGAUCGCAGAGCAACCGCUUCGAGAAGCUCAAGGCCACCACGGUCGCUAAGGGCAUCCGUGACAACGAGCGAAGCGGGAGGGCGCGUGUCUACGUCUGUGACGAAGGGAGUGAGAGAGAGAAGAUGCUGGAGGUUCUUGGCCCUAAACCAGAUCUGCCUGAAGGUUCCUCUGAUGACAUCAAAGCAGACGCCUCCAACCGCAAGAUGGCCAAACUCUACAAAGUCUCUAACUCGGGCGGGGACAUGGCCAUCGCCCUGGUGGCGGCGGAGAACCCGUUCUCCCAGAGCGCCUUGGAGUCCAGCGACUGCUUCAUCCUGGACCACGGCUCCAACGGGAAGAUCUUCGUCUGGAAAGGCAAGGACGCCAACCUGGAGGAGCGCAAGGCCGCCAUGAAGGCGGCCGACGACUUCAUCAAGAAGAUGGGCUACCCCAAGCACACGCAGGUGCAGAUCCUGCCCGAGAUGGGCGAGACGCCGCUCUUCAAGCAGUUCUUCAAGAACUGGCGCGACCGCGAUCAGACCGAGGGCAUGGGCGUGGCCUACAUCUCCAACAGCAUCGCCCGCAUCGAGAAGGUGGCGUUCGACGCCGCCACGCUCCACGACUCUGCCCCCAUGGCCGCCCAGCACGGCAUGGUGGACGACGGCACCGGGGAGAAGCAGAUCUGGCGCAUCGAGGGGGCGGACAAGGCAGCGGUGGAUGAGUCCACCUACGGGCAGUUCUACGGAGGGGACAGUUACAUCAUCCAGUACAACUACCGCCACGCCGGGCGCCAGGGCCACAUCAUCUACAUGUGGCAGGGAAUGGACUCGAGCCAGGAUGAGAUCGGAGCGUCGGCCAUCCUUGGUGCGCAGCUGGAUGAUGAGCUUGGCGGUGGGCCAGUACAGGUUGUCGGUGCUCCCAUGACCACCCAGGUGAGGGUGGUCCAAGGCAAGGAACCGGCCCACCUGAUGAGCCUGUUCGGGGGGAAGCCCAUGGUGGUGUACCGGGGGGGGACCUCCAGAGAUGGAGGUCAGAGUGAGCCUGCAGAGACACGUCUCUUCCAAGUCCGUUCCAACUCCACCGGACACACGCGGGCAGUGGAGCUCGAAGCAGUGUCUUCCAAUCUGAACUCAAACGACGCUUUUAUUGUGGUGGCCCCUGGGGGCUGCUUCCUGUGGAGCGGGCAGGGGGCCAGCGACACAGAGAAACAGGGGGCCCUCCAGCUGUGUGACAUACUGGGGGUGUCUGCUGCAGAGCUGCCCGAGGGGGGAGAGAGUGAUGACUUCUGGGAAGCCCUCGGCGGGAAGAGCGAAUACCGCACAUCCUCCCGCCUCAAGAACAAGAUGGACGCCCAUCCUCCCAGGCUGUUUGCCUGCUCCAACAAGACCGGCAACUUCAUUAUCGAGGAGGUGCCCGGGGAGCUGACCCAGGACGACCUCGCCACCGAUGAUGUCAUGAUCCUGGACACCUGGGACCAGGUGUUUGUGUGGAUCGGAAACGAAGCCCAGGAGGAGGAAAAGACUGAAGCAAUGGCCUCGGCAAUGCGCUACAUCGAGACGGACCCCUCCAACCGGGACCGCCGGACCCCCAUCGUGAAGAUCAAGCAGACCUUCGAGCCCCCCACCUUCACGGGCUGGUUCCUGGGCUGGGACAUGGACUACUGGACCACCGACCCCCUGGAGAGAGCCAUGGCCGAGCUGGAGCUGUAACCUCUGAACUGUAACCCCACUCUAACCCCCCCAGCCCCCGCCUGCGCUCCCCCCCUCCCCCCCAACGCUCCACCUUAACUCCAGCCAGUUAGAUCCAGCCCUGAAGGGUUCCCUCAAGGACUCGUCUCCGUUACCAUGGCAACUAAUUAGAACGCCAUAAUAAUUACUUUAUUUUUUACUUUUUUUAAUAUUUCAAAGGACUGCCAGAUAACUCUGGCACUCGUGGGCACACACUGCGUUCAUUUAUUGAACUCUCCAAGUCUUGCAUGCAAAGUUAUGCUCCAGUGGGUGCCAACAGAGAGGAUCAAGGGAUGCGUAGUUUCACGUGACACACCCAGGUUUCCGCAGGGAAGCCUUUUUGCACAUUUUGUCCACAAAAAUGUUUUGUUGAUGUGAUUUUUUCAUUGUAUUCCCCCGGUACAACUGAACCCUUUAAAAGGCUACGAGAGGGAUAAAGAUACCACGUGAGGUGCAAAGCCAUUUGUUUGUUGGUUAAGUCACUGCCAGGAACACCUUCGUUUCCAAAGCAAUACAACCGAUGCCUUAAACUUCUGUUUUGUAUCCCAGGGUCUUGUUUAGCUUCUCAACUACGCUUUAAUAUUCACACUGCUGCUGAAUAACAACUGUUGGAUGCCACAAUACUCUCUCAUGGGGGCGUUUGGCUCUGGGCCUUUUUAGCAAAGAAAACAGUUCUCCCCGCUAGUUGCCUGUGCCUACUUCUCUGUUUGUGACCGGGCCCUUUUUGCAGGCUGCUCUAUUUUUAGCAGGAAUCUAAAGCUUUGCUGCUGACAACAAUCAAAACAAGUGACUUCCAGACAGGGCCUCCCGUAGUGCCCACACCAAUCAAGAUGUUCCAAUAAACCUUUGAAAGAAG